UCCAUACAUUACCAGAAAUGUAAUAAAUAGUUGCUUUGGACAAGACAGCACAGAUCCAGUUUUCGGACUGCACAGAACUCAACACUGUCACGAUGAUGUAUCUCUCAGGACUUGUUGGCCUUCUGCUGGUGCUGACAGUUGACGCCAGAGUUGGAAAUUCCUCUUUCUGUACUGAGACAGAGCAAUGUUUGCUGUUUGAUUGCAUUUGUACGACUGAGGAUUAUGAGGUCCAUGACUUUGGCUCUGUGAAAUGGGUUACAACCAACGAGACAUCAUUGGACACCUUGAAUAUUGGAUUUAAAAGAUUAUAUGACUAUUUCAGUGGUUCCAAUGACAAUGGAACAAUAUUUCAAAUGGCAUUUCCUAUUAUUUUGAGAAUCCCUUUCAACAUAUCUGCAAUGGAUGUCUUCACACUCAGUUUCUUGCUGCCUGAUGAAUAUCAGAUAGAGACCCCCAAUCCCCUUGAUAUUAUGGUGAACAUCGAUACCACACCAGACAUGAGGGUGUUUGUACGGAGCUUUUUUGGACCGAUGACUGGCAUGGCUGACAGCAACCUAACAAACAGUCUGUCCAAUGUCCUUGACCUAGUUGGUGCAAGAUACUUAGGAGAAUUCUACUAUGCUGCUCUAUAUAACAGUUCAAUGGAGAUGACUGACAGCUACAGUGAGAUGUGGUUUGUUGCUGACUAUGAGCCGUCAAGUUCCAGUGGUUCCAGUGGUUCCAGUGGUUCCAGUAGUUCCAGCAGCGAAGAAACUGUUAAUUCUUCUGGCUGUUAAAUUCUGUGAGCUGUGUCUAUUAACAGCUUAAAUACAGUACAGCGGUGUUGCAUCUGAACUUUUGCUUCACUAUUGCUGAAAGUCAUACUCAUAUAAAGAAGCUUGUGGUGAAAGCCUAGAUUUUUGUUUUAUACGAAAUGAAGGUUUCACACAAGCUGGUUUGAUGAUUAAACUUUCUGUCUUAUA